AGAAUCGCUAUCCAAACGAACAAACACCAACUGUCCGAGAAAGACAUUGUUUGAGAAAGAUACUUCACACGAACAAAUUGCAAGAUGACUUCUCUGACAUUUGCAAUGGUUGUGAUUGUGGCCACAUUUGGAAUUCAGUCUGCGUUUGGCUUCAAAGAUGCGUUGAUCAAGUUUACCAGGGACACAAACUUGGAGAACAACAUCGUAACCCUCUAUAAUAGGGACGGCAAAAGGGGCAAUGUUGUUGUGGUGGAAAUACGGAACAAGGAUGACAAUUCAUUCACCAGAAUUGUAACAAUACACGACAAGAACGUCGUGAUAUCUGUCAGCAAAAGCAUGUGUCUUGUGUCAAAUACGGAUGCAAAGCAAGAGGACAAACAAGAGGGCAGCUGUAGUGAACUUGUCAGAGUGCCGAGGGAUGAUGUGACGCGAGAAGUUGACAAUGAAUGCGAAGGCCUGGAUGUGUACGUUGAGCGAUCGAAACAAUGCAAUGCUGUGAGCAUGGUAACUUGCAAAAAGGUGUAUGUUUGGACAUGCGGGGUCUGUUCUUCUAAUGGGUUUUAUUUCGAGUGCUGUUAUUAUAAAGAAUAUCUGGUUUGUUCAUAAAAGGCUUAAUGCCUUGCAGUACUGGAUAUAUUGGAAAACAGUGUUUGCCUUGGCGUGUUUAAAUGAACUUGUUUUCAAAGUUAAUUCUGUUCAUCUUUUAAGAAAGAUUCAAUAUAGUCUAGUUAUCUAGUUUAUAGCGAAGAUUUACAGAGUAACCAAUAUUUUUAAAUCGACGAUUUUAAGUGUAUAUACAAUAGGAAACCUUUUGGCACAGCAGUUCUGUUUGUCAAAAACUAUACUAAUGUAUUACAUUCGAAUAAUGGCAAACAAUUUAAAUGUAAUGAUUUAUUACUCAUUAACCAAUUACAUCCGCUACGAUUUCUUGAAACCUCCCUUCCCGAAAAAUCUCUUAUAUCAGGUUCAAGCUGAUCAAACAUGUUUUGUUUAUUUUGUGUAGUCUCAUUUUAAAGAGUUAGGAGACUUUUAAUGGUAACCACAAUCACCUAUUUAUUUAUUUUGUAAAAUCAAAUUUAAGUAUAUAAUUUGGCUAAGUGAGAUAAGAUUUGCUUAAGCUUGAUUCGCUUCGAGGUUUCGAGUAAUUGGGGCCUGCAUAUUAAAUGUAUUAUUCUCAUUUAUAUAAUCUACGACACAAUUUACCUUUACACUAUUGCUACUUAUAUAUUAUAUUCAAAGUAAAACAACAGUAUCGAUCUCAGUUAUAAAAUUAUUUCUUUUAUAUAGUAUACUGGUACCCGGCUCAAGUAUGUAAUGUUGUAAGCAUUCUUCUACAUUAUAUUUAAAUUCACUAUGUACCAUUUUCUUUCGUUAUUUUACAGUUUCAAUGCUCAUUAUUAACAUAUUUACUAUCUUAAAUAAGUACUGGUUACACGAGGUCUAAAUAACGGCAAUUGUUCGCCGUAUAGAAUGAGAUCUUUUCAGAACGACAUCAUUGUUUUUUACCGAUAUGUGUAUUUAUUAUUUAACCAUCAACCAUUAAACGAAUUAGAACAUACACAAUAGUUUAUCAAAGACAGUGUAACGAUAAUAGCUCUAUUUGAAAUAGGUCGAAACGAACAGUGAUCAAAAUUAUUACAUUUUGAUAUUAUUGGUAUUUGUGAUUUUUUGGCGAAUGAACAAAAGAAUAUUAAAUUAAUAAUACACAUAUUACAAAUGAUUACAUUAUUUUGGAUGUCAAUUAGGUUACUUUCUCUUUUCUUUUCUUUUUUGUAUUAAACGAAAGUUUUACAACCUUUAAAGUUGUAUAUUGACUUUAUCAACUCCUUUAUUUAACACAAAUCUGUUAUAUAACAAGUGUGAAAGAAAUAAAAUCCUAACAUGCA